AGGCCAUCACCCGAUGAAGCCAACAGAUCCACAUCAUCCGCGAAGAGCAGAGAUGGGAUUCUGAGGCCACCUAAGUGAAAGCCCUCCGCCACUUGGCUGCCCCUAGAAAUCCUGUCCAUAAAAAUUAUGAACAGAAUCGGUGACAAAGGGCAGCCCUGGCAGAGCCCAUCACCUACCGCGAACGAGUCCGACUUAUUGCCGGCAAUGCGAAUGGCAAUGUGUAGGGAUCGAAUGGCCCGUAGCAAUGGGCCAGACACCCCAUACUCCCGUAGCACCUGCCACAGGACACCCUGAGGGUCACGGUCGAAUGCCUUCUCCAAGUCCACAAAACACAUGUAGACUGGUUGGGCAAACUCCCAUUUGCCCUCAAGUAUCCUUGAGAGGAUAAAGAGCUGGUCCAGUGUUCCGCGACCAGGACGGAAACCGCAUUGUGCCUCCUAUAUCUGAGGUUCGACUAGCGGAUGAACUCUCCUUUCCAGCACCCUGGCAUAGACUUUCCCAGGAAGGCUCCGGAGUGUGAUCCCCCUGUAGUUGGAACACACCCUCUAGUAUCUUUUAUGUUUGCGGUCAAAUCGACCCAGGAAUCAAAACCUUCCAAACACGUUUCCCAUAUAAUUUAAAUGAAUUAGAAAAAUUUAAUGAUAUUUUUUUAAGGAGCAGGUACUUAAUAUCGCACACAAGGGAAUGCAGGUUCAUUGUAAAUGCAUUGAAACAGACCUUUUUUCAUGGGCUUGGGUCUGGGGACCCAGGGCUCAUGUGCUUCAUGGACUUUUGUAUAUUUGCUGGUCUGUCUUGGGCUGGCGGUCCUCGCAGAUUGACCGCAGUGUUUAUGCUUUGUGUUCUCGUGUUCCCCAUUUUCCCGGUUUGUGUGUGUGUGUCUGUUGGGUGUUCUGGUUUCUCUGUGAGUCUGGGACCGAAUAAUAGUGUACCCGCCAUGGGGUCUCGCCGCACCUGGAGCGCAAACACAUAACUGCAGCUGAUUAGCCUCAUCUCAGGAGCUUCGUUGUGAGAGAAUCUUUAGUUUUGCUCAGAAGCUAAUUAUUGAAAGUGUUGGUUGUCAUGGGUGUUAAUCCUGCUAAUCCGUCUCUGGUUUCCUGUUGGAUUACAGAAACAGAGGAACGGAGUGGGUGCACCGUGAACAUUGAACAGAAGAGCGGAACACGGACCACUGUCAUGGGAAGGGGACAAUACACGGCAAUCGGAGGACACUCUCACACUCACUUGGAGCAUGCACCGAAAAUAUUCUGCACCUUGUUGUCAUUUUUGCUAUAAAUAAACGCACUGUCUUCAUUCAGAGAGUCCAGCAUUUGGGUCCUAUAUCAGCGUCACUGACACCUUUAUGAGACGUGUGAGUGCUAGCACUGAUAGACGCUCAUAUUAGAGAUUGGAGAUUGCUGUGUUUAAGGACCACAGUUCAAAUCACCAUUAAAUUAAUCAUGCAGAGCAGCAAAAGCAACAAGGUCUUCUUACCAAGACCAACAUUCAGGGUUGGCGCACUCGAGACAAAAUUUGUGAUUUCACACAAAAUUGCAAAGAGUUUUUGGUGAACACUGCAAUCUAAUUUGCCUUGAGAACAAAAGAAACAUUGAAGACAUUUUUGUAUUUCCAUUUGGCUCUGGAUAUUUGCUCCUUUGUGCAAGGAGGACCACUGCCAGAGCCCUACCAAAUGACCUCCAGGUCAUUGGUGUGAAUGUCUCUGACCAAAACAAUUGGACUUUAUGAGGGUGGCUUGAGGGUAGUGAUGUGUGAAUUGAUACUGAAAUAUUGAGUUCUCCAAUACCAGUCAUUUAUGUUCUAGAAUCGAUUCUCACAUUAAAAUAUCGAUAUUUUAGUAAUUUAGGGUAAAUUUGUAGUUUAUCAUUAACAGAAACAGAGUGGAAAGAAACUAUAUCAUUUGGAUUGUCUACAUUGGAAGGGACUACUUCCUCUUCCACCUUUGAUAGUCACGUGCAAAAUACGGCUGUAUAAAUAUAUGGCAGCCCCUUGGCGUGUGCACUCACAACAAUGGCUGAGCGUAAAUGGAGUCAUGUGCAGAUGUAUUUUACAUCCACAAACAGCUGAGACGUGGUUUGCGAUACAUGUGACAAGAAAGUGAGGUGUUGUGGCAACACCACUAACCUGGUCAAACACCUCAGAGUAAAUCAUAUCACAGAAUAUGACAAGCGUAUGUUGAGGCGAACUGAAGAGGAGGAGUGGAAAGGGACAGGUGCUGCUAGGGCGAGACCGAUGUCUCUCACGGAGUCCUUUAGUGCUGCAGGCAGGCAAGGUGUUUUGUAAGUUUUUGUACAAAGUAUCGGUAGCAGAUCAGUAUCGUCGAUACCACCCUGAAUUUUACUUGGUAUCGAAUCGGAAAGGAAAUCAGUGGUAUCCCACAUCACUACUUGAAGGCCCAACGUUCUUUACUGGCCUGUGUGGUCACUGCCCAGCAUCGUGGAGUCUGUUGGGCAUUUCUCAUAUAGUACCAGAAUUGGUAUGUCCACCAUUGGUGGCCUGUGGUUUUCACAGAUGAGGUCGGUUCACCAUGAGCACAUGUGCUAUGGGGAAUGUUUUGCUGCCUGUAAUGUCAUUUAACAUGACAAGUUUGGUGGUGAGUAAGUGAUGGUCUGACAAGGAAUACCCUUUAGGAACUCACAGAGGUCUACAGGCUUGGCUUAAAUAUAAAAAUUUGAAAACAGCCUUUCAUUUCCAGUAUACUGUAUUAUGCAAAAUACUAUGCUUUUACUAUUUUGUUUAACCUCAUAGGCAUUGCUCAAAUUAUUGAGCAUUAUUACCGAUUAUUAUUAGCCUAUCAGAAAAAAUAAAAUGUAUUGCUUGUAAAUUAUUUUUGAACACAUUUCAAGAUGUAAAAUACAGAUUAUAGAACAUAAUGACUUUCUCAAAGACUGCUGCAUAAGAGCAUGUCAUGAUAAAGACGUAGCACUGCCUUUGAACAACUAUAUAAAUCAGUGAAAACACACCCAUAACAGAUGCCUGACAUCAGGCAGGGAUGGAGCUGUCAGCUGUGUUUAUUUGUCUGAAAUUGUAUCUGUAUUUGGUUGAGCUGAAAUCAGCUCUUGCCCUAGAUCUAUCUCUAGAAGGUCUGGAUCAAAUGCCUACAGAGGCUCAGGAUAGAUCUGUGGCUUCUUCUGUGAAAUGUAAACUGCAGGGUAGCACUCGUAUCCCUGCAUUCUCAAUGGAUGGGGACUAUAUUAUUGGUGGUGUUUUCUCAAUCCACUACUACAUGCAAACAGUAAACCAUGACUACACUACCAUGCCUGAGCCAGUGAGAUGCAGUGGGAGCAUUAAUACCCGUGAGCUGCGCUUCUCACGAGCCAUGGUCUUUGCCAUCGAAGAGAUUAACAACAGCACAGAGCUUCUGCCCGGGAUAAGGCUCGGGUAUCAGAUCUAUGACUCAUGUUCAUCAGUGCCCGUGGCAGUGCAUGUGGCAUUUCAGUUGUUAAAUAGCUUGGACCCUGUGUUUUACACAGGUGGCAACUGCUCACAAUCUGGUAUGGUGAUGACUAUUGUUGGUGAGUCUGGGUCUACACCAUCCAUCAGCAUGUCACGCAUCCUUGGGUCUUUUAAUAUUCCUCAAGUGAGCCAUUAUGCCACUUGCGCAUGUUUGUCUGACAAGCAGCAGUACCCGAAUUUUUUCAGAACAAUCCCCAGUGAUCGUUUCCAAGCUGAAGCGCUAGCCAAGCUGGUAAAGCACUUUGGCUGGACUUGGAUAGGUGCUGUUCGUUCAGAUUCAGAUUAUGGAAAUAGUGGCAUGGCAUCUUUUCUAGAAUCAGCACAAAAAGAGGGGAUCUGUGUGGAAUAUUCUGUAUCUUUCUAUCGGACUCACCCACAUAGCAGGAUCCAAGAAGUAGCAGAUGUUAUCCGCAGGUCUACAGCAGUGGUUAUUGUGGCAUUUGUUGCUUCUGGUGACAUGAAAAUUCUGUUGGAGGAGCUUUCACGUGAGCCUUCCCCACCUCGCCAGUGGAUAGGCAGUGAGUCAUGGAUAACUGAUUCAGAAUUUAGAAGGUUUAAUUUCUGUGCUGGGGCCAUUGGAUUUGGGAUUCAGAAGUCUGUAAUCCCCGCUUUCAGAGAUUUCCUGCUUAAUUUGUCUCCCUCUCAAGUAGCUACAUCCCCUAUGCUUACUGAGUUCUGGGAGGAAUCGUUCAACUGCAAAAUGAAAAAAAGUCCUGUUGUAGACAAGAAGAUAUGUGAUGGAACUGAAGACAUACAGAAUCUUCAAAUCCCGUAUACUGACACAUCUCAGCUCAGAAUUACUAACAUGGUGUACAAGGCUGUGUAUGCAAUAGCACAUGCCAUCCAUAAUACAGUGUGUCAGAGAACCAAUGGCAUAGCUAAGUGUGACAAACUAACCAAGUUAGAGUCCAAACAGAUUUUAGCUGAGCUGAAGAAGGUAAAUUUUUCCCGAAAUGGUUAUGAUGUGUCAUUUAAUGCUAAUGGGGAUCCUGUGGCUAUUUAUGAGUUGGUUAACUGGCAGAAGAGUGAAACUGGAAAAACAGAGUUGGUAACAGUAGGGCUUUAUGAUGCAUCACUGCCAGUGGGCCAAGAGUUCCAGAUUAACCAGAGCAUAACCUGGAUGGAGGAUGGCACCCAAGUGCCAGUGUCAGUGUGCAGUGCCAGUUGUCCUCCAGGAACUCGUAAAGUGCUGCAGAAAGGAAAACCCAUCUGCUGCUAUGACUGUAUACUGUGUCCUGAAGGAGAGACUAGUAAUACAACAGAUUCGGCUCAUUGUUUGCCCUGCCACAAGGAAUUCUGGCCUAAUGCAAAGAAAGACACUUGCAUCCCUAAGCCUGUAGAGUUUCUUUCGUUUGAAGACAUCCUUGGAAUCAUCUUGGCUACACUCUCUGUUCUGGGUGCUUGUCUGGCCAUUAUGACUGUAGCUAUAUUUUUUCAUCACAGGACAUCUCCAAUUGUCAGAGCCAACAACUCUGAGCUAAGCUUCCUGCUGCUUAUCUCACUGACUCUGUGUUUCUUAUGUUCAUUAACUUUCAUUGGAGCACCAUCUGAGUGGUCUUGCAUGCUGCGUCACACUGCAUUUGGCAUCACCUUUGUGCUCUGUAUCUCCUGUGUACUUGGGAAAACUAUAGUGGUUUUAAUGGCUUUUAAAGCAACACUUCCAGGUAGUAAUGUGAUGAAAUGGUUUGGUCCUCCACAACAAAGAAUGACUGUUAUGUCUUUCACCUUUAUUCAAGUUUUAAUAUGUACUAUUUGGUUGGUAGUGAGCCCUCCCUUCCCAAUUAAAAAUCUAACCACAUACAAGGAGAAAAUCAUACUGGAAUGUGCAUUAGGCUCUGCUGUAGGCUUCUGGGCUGUGCUCGGUUACAUAGGCCUACUUGCUGCUUUUUGCUUUGUUUUAGCUGUCUUAGCCCGCAAAUUACCUGAUAAAUUCAAUGAAGCUAAAUUUAUCACCUUCAGCAUGCUGAUAUUCUGUACCGUGUGGAUCACCUUUAUCCCAGCAUAUGUCAGCUCUCCUGGGAAAUUCACUGUGGCUGUUGAGAUUUUUGCCAUUCUGUCCUCCAGCUUUGGGCUAAUAAUGUGUAUAUUUGCUCCAAAAUGUUUUAUAAUUUUGUUUAACCCUGAGAAAAACACCAAGAAAUAUUUAAUGAACAAAAAUCCAACUUAGGUUUGUAAUUUUUAAUAUUAUAACAGGAAGAUCAAAUAUUAGACACAAUGAAUUAUUUAUAACUUUACCUUAUUACUUACUCAUUUAUUUCUCAGUUUUUGAAUCUAUGCCUAUACAUAUACAGGGUGGUGAAAAAAUAUUUCUCCCUUUUCCAAUUCAUAGUUUUUUUUAUAUUUGUCACACUUAAAUGUUUCAGAUCAUUAAAUACAUUUUGAUAUAAGAUAAAGAUAAUCCAAAUACAUGUAAAAUUUAGUUUGUAAAUGAUUAAUUUCAUUUAAUGAAAAUCAUAAACCUGUUUAAUGUCAUGUCAAGCAUCUUAUUCCAAUUUGAAUCAAGACUAGGCCACUUAAAAUUUUUAGAUAUGUUUUGCUUUUGUUUGGUUUUUUGAGUCACUCAGGGGUAGACUUGGUGUUGUGUUCAUGAUCAUUGUUCUUUGGUAUAACCUAAGUGAGCUUGAGCUUUAGGUCAUAAACUCGUGGCCAGACAUUCUACCAAUUUUCUGGUAGAGAGCAGAAUUCACAGUUCCAUUAACUACAGUAACAAUUACAGGAAACUGUCCUGGUCCUGAUGCAUAAAGGAGCCCCAGAUGAUAUUAAAACAUAACUUUUUUCCAUUAAUAAAUAAAAUCAU